AGCGCUGACAGCAAGCUGCCAAAAUCCAGUACGCAUUCCCCACCACACUGACAACCAACUGUCAAGCACGGUGCUUUGUUCGUGGUAGACAAGAAUCGCCCUUUCAUUAUCGCUUCUCCGCAGAAGGCAGUCAUUAUGGCUACCGUAUCAGGCAAAAAAGGCAAGAAGGCGAAAAAGAAUAACAAGCUGUCCCUGGGUGAGUUUCUUACCGAUGGGAACACGGCCGCACUGAACCAGGUGCAGGUGGCGGUACCAGUGAAGCUGGACUGGGGUGACGAUGGUGACGACGAUGACGAUGAUCGUGUGGUCCGGACGCAGGUCAUCGCACUGCCUACGGCACCGCGGGCGAGCCGCAUCUUGAACGACGACUCGAUCCCCCAAAAUCCGCCGUACUCCAUCUACGUGUCUAACCUGCCGUACGACAUAAACGAGAACGAUCUGUACGACAUUUUCGAGAAUGUGGAGAUCGUGUCGAUGACGUUGCCACGUGACGACAGCGAAACCUGGCGGCUGCGCGGUUUCGGCAACAUCGAGUUUGCCACCCGGAACGAUCUGAUGGCAGUCCUGGCGAUGCCGGAACCGAUGGUACGCAACCGCCGCAUCCGCAUCGGGUUGUUCCACGAGAAUGAUACGAAGCGUCGGAACAAUCGGUACGACAAUUUUUCAUCCGGCGACAGCGAACGUCCGUCGUCCGGAGGGAACUGGCGCGACCGGCCGGAGUCGGCCUCGCGGCCGACGAUGGACCGCGAUCGGGACGGCGGUGGUAUGCGCCGCCCGUACAGUAGCGGCGGCGGUGGGUACGGCCGAGAUCGUGACGAUCGCGAAAGACCGUCGGCCGGUGAUUCCGGUAACAAUAACUGGCGCUCGACUGAACGACCGCCGUCACGCAACUACGAUCGCGACCGGGACAGUGGCAACGGUUUCCGCCGUGCACCGGACGGCCGUGGCCCGGUGGGUAACGGUGGUGGUAUGCGCCGCGAACCGGAAGCACCGAUGGAGCGCCCGAAGUUGGUGCUGCAACCGCGCACCCUACCCCUGCCAGAACUGCCCAAACCGCGACCAACCCAUUCCGACGAUGAAGGAGAACGGAACGUAGGCAACGGUAAGCACGAAGAGCCGGCGGAGGAACCACCCAAACCGAAGCCAACUCCCGUCCCGGCCGCUAAAGUGUUUGGUGACGCGAAGCCGGUCGAUACGGCGGCCCGCGAACGUGAGAUCGAGGAACGAUUGCAGCAGGAAGAGUUGCGCCGCAAGAAGGAGGAAGCUGCCGCGGAGGAAAGAAACAAACGGGACGCGGAAAAGGAAAACCAGGACACGACAACAGCGGACAGUAACGGAGGCGGCAACGGGAGCAGCACAGAGCAGCAGCCAGCGCAGCCACAGCCGAUUGUGAACUGGCGGGUUCGCAACGACGAGGAGAAAGGUAAAGCAAGCGAAGACCGUGUCCUUUCGCCCUCGCGGAGGUUUAGCCCUAGCGGAAGGUAUCAGAACAGUAACAGACGCACUGCUGCCGAAGAUCGCCGAACGGACAAUCGCGAUCAGCGGGAUAACCGUGGAAUGAAUCGCCCUACAUAUAGCAACGGAGUAGGUCACAAUCGCGACCAUGAUCGGAUGGAUCGUGGUGGACGUGAUCAUCGCACCCAGCCGUCCCGUGACACAUACCGCAACGGGGAAUUGAAGGACCGUCGCGAUGCCCCGAAACCGGUGGAAAAAGAGAAGGAACGUGAGCCGAAAAUAUUAGAAGAACGUAUGCCUAAAUUCCAAGAGCCUACCGGACCGAAUUUACAGAUGAAAAACACCUUUGAAGGAUUGUCAGCAGACGAAAUUGAUGACUGAAACAAUACCAAAACCACCACAACCAUCACUAGUUGACAACCCGCUGAACGAGGAAGAAGAAGAGCUACUAGCAAAGGAUAACGAAGAUUUUGAAGAAGACAGUAGAAGAGACAACAAAACAUACAUAUAUAUAUAUACACACACACACACACGUAUAAGGACACACAUACAAACGUUUUCACACCUUCUAGCCCGGGGACGGAAUUGGAUCUGAUGAUUGGGUGGCAGCAAGAGGGAAGGAAAGAGCGACAAUCGUCUUUGGAGCGAGGGCUUUAUUAUAAUUUUCAUUCUUUUUAAUCGUUUCGAUACAUAUAUAUGUGUGUGUGUGGGGGCGGGGCAGCACGGAAAGUUUUUCACACAGCAGCGCUGGACAGCGAGGAAAAGGCGGCGGGCGAUACAUUUUUCCUCGCCCUUGCGGCUGUCCGUACCCAUUCACACCUAUUAAAAAACGCAAAGGACGAAGGAAAGAAUUCUAUGGGAAAAAAAAAACAAACCAACCAACCAACCUAGUUAUUCUCAACACCCAAAUGCGCGACACAUUUAUGCGCGCGCGUACAUGAAAUGCGAUUUAAAAUGAACAUUCUGCUUUAUAAGGAAACAAACAAAAAAAUACUAAUAAAUGUCAGGACACUUUCUCCGCAAAAAAAAAAUCCGGAGAGGGCUAAGACUGAUGGCGUGGAAUUGCUGUGCGUGUGUGUGCGUGUGUGUGUGUGUGUGUGUGUGUGUGUGGAGAGAUGAGGGAGCACGUCCUGUUGGCGCGGUUUACUCACGGAACGGUAUCGGGCUCUGGCAUUCGAUUGAAAACAAGCGGAAAGCAGCAGCAGCAGCAAAAGUGGCUGAGUGGCUGAGAGAGGACGGGAGGGGGGGAAGGAGAGAGAGAGAGAGGGAAGGGUAGGAAAAAACGACUAGCUUAAAUACAGUAAAGGGUGCGCCUUAAAACGCUUUAGAGUAGGACAAUUUGAUUAAAAACCGAUCAUCUGGGGAGGGAAGGCGCUCUAACUCUACCUUUCUCUCUCUCUCUCUCUCUCUCUCUUCUUCUUCUUCUACUUCUCUUCCUCCAUUCUCUGUUUUCCCCGCUUUCUUCACGCUGAGCAUUCCCAAUUUAUAUCGCGCGAUCCCUUUUAUUAAAAACAAACAAAGUGAAGAAAAAAACAAAAGGCAAACCCCAAUAAGCAUUACUCAUACACAUAUAAUAUGUUCAUUAGCAAUUUAUUCUUUGAUAUUUUUUUUGAUAUUUUUUUGACAAACAAAAAAAAGAAACACAUGUCUCCACCUAAAAGGUUACCACUUUGUUUCUUUCUUUUUCCGUUUCGUUUCUUCUAUUAGUUCAUUUGGUUCAUUGAUUGGAAGCGCCGAAGCGCUUAACCUAACACUAUGCUUGUGCUGCUGUGCUCGGGUUGGGGUAGGAUGUAGGUUUCGUUCGGCCUGUUCUGGGAGUGGGGUGGUGCCUAGUCCGAAGCAGGCCAAGAGAGAGAUGAAAAAAAACAACCCGACCAAGCGUUGUAUGAAGUAGAUGACGUAGUUAUAUGUUGUUUAUUAAUACUGGUGUAUGGCACGAUUUUUUUUAAGGGAUUAUGUUUUACGUUUAAUUUUCUCUCUCUCUCUCUCUCUCUCUCUCUCUCUCAGUUAUAUUUUCCAUUCCUUCUAAUAAAAUUCACCUCUUUGCUUUCUGUCCCACCCACCACAUACACCCGAACACCCGUUAAAAUAGUACAGUGUAGAGUAAAGGCGUGCGGAAAUCAUUUAAAAAACCCUUUGUAUUACUUUUGCUUCAUGUAAUCAACCCUUUUCGAAAUAAAAUAAGAUGCGUAUCCAUGCACGUGUAUAUGCAUGCAAAUCGGAAA